UCUCAAUCUGGAAAACUUGUGUAAUCAUGGCUUGAUAUCCUUCCUGUGCUAUUCAACCUCAGAAGGGCUGGGAGUUUCCUGCUCGAGCUCCUUGAUGCCGAGGGUACAAUCAGCAUUCGCCUCGAAUGAUCCGCUAGUACGAUGGAGCUGGUGGACGUUAUGAUACUGUCUCUUCUGCUGCUCUGGGCACACCGUGCAAAUUCACAGGAGAAUGCCACCACUGAAUUGGAACUUGAUCGCGGUGACUUGGAUCCCAAACUGAUGGAGGUCAAACCUUCUCCGGCAGUCCCUAUACAUCCAGCGGCUGAAACUGUGGACCUCUCCACCCCAGGUGAGACAACCAACUUGCGUUGGAUCUCACCAGAAAGAAAGAAUAGUCUUACAGUUCCCCCCAACGCAUUCGGCAUCUACAACAACUACACUGCUCGAGAGGAGUUUGUCUGCAGACCCAGGGGCAUCUGUGCUUUGGGCUUCAUGACUGUGGCAAAAGGCUUCUACUGCUACUAUUCCAUGCGAGGCCACCAGCUUCUGACUAAUGAUUUUCAGUUUUUGCAAAACAGGAAGAACUAUGAGUUGCUGGAGUGGAAAUCAGGCCAAAAUGGGAGUGUUCCUAAUCACAGCAUUAAAAACUGUGGCCAUAACUUUGUUGCGAGGAACCAAUAUGGCCUGGGAAGUGUCCACUCUGUGAUGAAAGUGUUCUUUCUCCCCUGGGAAGGAAAGGAGUACUGGUAUCGUGAUUAUGAAGUGUUGACUGUCAAUCGCGAGAAGUACGACCUACUUGUUUUCAAAAUGAACUACGACACCAAAAAGAUGAACGUCACCUAUCAUCGAUUAGAGGAGUUGAUGGAGUCAAUUUGCAUGCCCAACAACAACAGCAAGGAGGUAGUUAAGGAGGUUUACAUGCAGACGAAGCACGAGAAGCUCAACACUUGGGAGUCCAGUCUCAGUAUGCCACACGUGCUGACGACUAACUUCUCCGUCAAAAUUCCAGAAAUCAUCCAGAUGAGGGAAAACCGCUCCAGGAUGGGAGCGAAUGUUUCCGCUUGGAGCGGUUACAAGUAUCGCGAGAACGUGUCUCUCACGUUGGACCACUCUGUUGUCAUCAAACCUGGCUACUGCUGCCGGGUCAAGAUGGUGGGCAAGAAGACGGAGGUCACCAUGCCCUUCUGGGCUGAGGUCAUCAAGAGGUACAACGGGACUACGCACAAGGCGUCGGUCGUCGGCCGCUACAUGAGCCAGGAAAUGGGAGGGAUCAGAGGAGUGCUUGGCAACUGUGAGCCCAUCAAGAUCAAGAAUAUCACCUUAGAGCGCAGCAUGCCAAGCCCAACUCAAGGACCAUCAGGGAAGGGUGCCUCUAGUGCCUUAUCUCCUUGGCUGGGCUCCUACGUCAUCCUCGCACUGAGCUUGGCAGCUUUUGGUGGAGCGCUGUAGUAUUGGCCUGCUUGUUAUGGUGGCUGGUAAAAGUGUCGGCGGUGACAUUCUCUUGUAACUUUGUGGAGAGAUGCCAUUCACCAGCCGGAGAGAGAUACCAGGGAGCUUCCACUGCCACAUUUCGUCUUGUAUUCUGGGCACACACACGCACAAACACACAACUGCGUUAUAUGGAAUUGAAUCGUAAAUGCUGACACGGCACGCUUGCAAGUGCAGUUGCUGGAGUGUAAAUGUUGUCACUGUAAAUGUGAUUGCUGUUCUCAGUGUGUUGCGUCUACCUGCUGAAAGCGCACCUGCUGUUUUUUGUUUACUUGCUUAACACGAAGAUGACAAUUGUUCUGUUUUAAUGGUGAUACGUCUCCAUCAGGCUUUCCUUUACACUUGUUCCCUCGCUUCUUCUUCUCUAUCUCCUCGUCCUCCUCCUGCUCUCUCUUCCUCCUCAUCCUCCUCUCUCUCUCCUCCUCCGCCUCCGGGUUCUCAAUGAGGGCCUUUCCUGUAAUUCUACCUCUCUCAGUCACUGACCAAUCGUAUGCGACUAGCUUCCCCUUGAAGUCAGGCUCGGAUCAUGGGGUCUCACUGUUGUUUAGAGGGAGUUUUCCCUUGCCAUUGUUAAAGAGGAGGGGGGUCUAUUUUGUUUUUAAUGCCUACAUCCACAACAAAGUUCACUGAAAUUAAUCACAUCAGUACACCAUCUGCUUCUUUCUCAUUUUCCAAUGAUUUUGCAAUAUACACAUCUUGUUGUUUUUAAAGGUUCUUAAGAGUCUUUAUGCGCAUGUCAUCACAAUUCUACAGUUUAUCAUCAACAUGUCAUAAUAUAGUAUAUUACUGAGAUGGCAUAAUGCAGUGUAUUGUCGAUACAUUAAAAAGCCACACAUUGUCACUCA